AUGCGAGCGUGGCUGAAGAGCGCCGCGCGAUCGGCGCUCGGGAUCACGCCGACGUGCAACGAGAUCGCCGGCGCGCUCUUAAAGCUCUCUCCCAGGGAAGCGAAAGCGAGCGUCACGCGCGCGGCGACCGCGCUGUUGCGCGCGGAGAUUUCGCGCGUCUCCGCCGGCGCGAGCGCGGACCGACGACCCCCGACGGAGGUGCGCGCGUCGUCGAUACCGAACGCGGGCUUGGGCAUCCACGCGCGAUUCGACGCGCGCGCGAUGCGAAGAGGCGACGUCGUCGCGCUCUACGCGGGCGUGUUCCACCCCCCCGCGCCCCCGGUCGAUGCCGGGUGCGACGACGCGGGGGUGAUCAUCCCGCAGCCCGCCGCGGGCGAGGACGGGCGGUACCUCCUGAACCUCGAAGGCGGCGGGUACGUCGACGGAGCGACGCACGCGAGGACGCUGCGGGAGCUGCACGACCGCGGGGUCUGCGCCGGGUGGGCGACCGCGGCGCUGGCGAACCAUCCCCCGGCGGGGACGAUGCCGAACGUGGAGGCCGUGCGCGUGGACUGGGAGGACGCCGGGGAGGAGACGCGUCGCGCCGCGCGCGCGAUCGUGAACCCGAUGACGACGACGCCGUGGUACGUCGACGGCGGGACCGGUAUCGAGGUCGGGGUGCCGCCGAGCUACCCCACGUCCGGGGUCGCGUUCAUCGCGACGAGGGACAUCGACCCGGGCGAGGAGAUAUUCUUCAACUACCGCUUGGGCGGGACGCUGAAGCCGUCGAUCACGGCGUGGUACACCCCCGUGCCGUGGGGGACGUCGUGGGCGAUCGUCGACGACGCGGAAGAGACGAGCGACGAAGAACAGAGACGAGAGAGGGAGUGGAGGGAGAGGAGGGAUCGUGGGGACUGGGACAGCGGCGCGCUGGGAUGA